CCAAGGUGACCGUCCCGUGGUGUCAGUGUCACUCUUGCUGAAUUCUUCCAUAAUUCUUAAAGAUCGCGAAUGGAUGUCGCUUAAAGUCUCGUCAAGUUUCGCGCUUUGCUUGGUAAAUCUACGUUCGAGCCCCCAUUAAAAAAACGUGAAUUUCCUCUUGGUCAGAACAGACAGAAGAAUCUGAACGUCCCAACUGAAGAAAUGAGUGUCGAAGCGUCCAAGACUCAAGAAUGACAUCGGAGAUGAACCAAAAUACACACGUCAAACGGCAUUGGGUAAAAUUGGUGAACGUUACGAGCACGAAUCGAGAAUGAAGACGAUCCUUCUGGAACUCUCUGGACCUGGCUCCAUUUCCGUGAAGGAUCCCGGCUCGCAUCGGUUAGGGUACACGCUGAUAAGUGUUUGGACAAAUCUGGUCACGUGCCCUGACCUCUUGCCGCCACGUGUCGGUGUUUAAAAGCAUUUCCUAGCACGCACCAGGGGACACGUGGCUUGAUAAAAUCGGUGGAUCCCCGGGACGUGACCAAGGGUGCUUAAACAGGAAUUCCUAUGGUAACUGUUUGGUAAUCCCAUGGUAAUGGGAUCGGACGGUUGACCGUUAACUGAAAAAUCCCGAUUCGUUUAGAGUUCGGAAAAAGAGUGGACCCUAAGCCCGAUUUCUUCGAGUCUCUGGAGGAUAUCCAAGCGGAAAAACUAGAAAAACGAUCGAGGUGUCAAGUGUUUCAGAUAAAUAGACUCGCGAACCGAAAAGUAGACUCUUCGGGCCCUCUGGACCGUAACGUACAAUAGACUCUCCGAACUCUAGUUGUCUCUCUGAACUUUAGUAGACGCUCUGGUAGAAAUUCUUGCAAAUUUAAUGUUUCUCGUUUACUCGAAAUUUUCCAAAUUCGUUAUCGCAAAGUCAUCGUUUACCAAUCUAGUCAACGUCCAGUCAGCGAUUCUAGUCGUAAAGCUCGAAGAAUUUCAAGUUAUGGACAGCGUUGGUUAACAUAUCUAUCAGGAGCAGAUAGAUUCUUCAAGAUGUAUUCGAUGGAUAAUAUCGAGCUGGACAUGAUGAAUAGGCAGUACAUGUACGAGGCUCACAGUUUUCUGGGCAAUCCAGCCAUUCCUGCUUUGCCGCCGCAUUGCGGCCCGCCGACCGCGGCCACUCUGCCUCCGAUUCCAUCGCAACUGGUCUCUCAUCCUCCUGGAAGUACUGGGAGCACCAGUGGCAGCGAAAUUUACUUGUACGACGAGAAUAGCAGCGACAAUGAGAGUGCUUACAGUAGCGACCAGGAGAACCACUCCAGAGAAAGAAGUCAGAGCAAUAGACGCAACGGGGCAUCGGGAAAGAGUCCAAGACAGGCGGUGCAGCAGAGGCAGGCCGCCAACAUGAGGGAAAGGCGGCGUAUGCAAAACAUAAACGACGCCUUCGAGGGUUUAAGGGCUCACAUACCGACUCUUCCCUAUGAGAAGAGGCUCUCCAAAGUUGACACUUUAAAGUUGGCGAUUGGAUACAUAAAAUUCUUGAACGAACUGGUCAGAGCAGACACGGGCAACGAUCCCUUGACAGGAAACGGUGGACACUCGAGAUGCUCCGGUCGGGACGACGCUAAGAAGGUCAUAGUUCGUGGCAGCGAGGGGAAUCCCUUCAUUUUUCAUUCUCUAUCCUGGUCCAGGAAGUCGGAUAUUUCCUCGAAUGGAACGAUGUACGCAAAGGUCUGGACACCAGAAGAUCCACGAGCAUCGAAGAACGGUUCAACGUUUGAGUAAAAC